CCGUCCGCCCGCGGCUUUGUUGCGGAGGCGGCGGCGGGGCCGGAGCGCGCAGCUAAUCCAAAAGUAAAUGAGGAACUUAGGAAAAGAUUGCCAACUUCAAAUCAACACAGUUACUCGGAAUUGAAGAGGAAGCGUACAGCUUCAUUUGAAGGGUUCUGUUAAGGGACUCAAUGUUCUGCAAUAUGAGCACUGAAACCUUCAAGCAAAAACUGGACUCAGUGCCAGAUCAAACAAGUUCAGGAGAACAAAUGGAGAACUGGUCAAAAGAAACACACAUCUUGGAUCAGAAAAAAGAAGACUUUUGUGCUGAACUUCAGUUUUAUAAGAAUUCUCAAAAACCCUCAGAAUUUUUUAUCAAGGCAGAAACUGAUGCACUGAAGCUUUCAGAUUUGCAGGAAACCAGUCAAAGAGGAAGAGUCCUAACUGACUGUAAUUCUGGUUCUGAAGAAUCAAGCACUGUAGAAAGAAAAUUUAACAGGAUGCUCCCUGAAUGGAGCAAUGUUGAAGAUUUGGGUGGAAAAACAGAAACUGCAUUCCUUUUAAAAGAAUUGGACACUCUGAGGGCCAAAAAUAAAAAGCUUCAAGACAAGCUGGCUGAAAAGGACAAGGAGCUGAAGACAAUGAAACUGGACUCAGAAUUGCAAGACAGAGCUACAGAAGCUAAGAUUGCAGAGAGGAUUGCAGCUCUGGUGGAAGAAGUUUAUUCUGCGCAGCGGGAACGUGAUGAGGCUGUCAUGGCAAGGCUUAGGUUGGCCAAUGAAGAGAGAGAUGAAGCAUUUCUACGAGUCCAGCGUUUAGAAGAGUCUCUCAAAGAGCUAGAAAAUAUUAACCCUGAAGAAAAUGACAUGACAUUACAGGAAUUACUGAACAGAAUAAACAAUGCAGACACAGGGAUAGAUAUACUGAAGAAUGGAGCUAUAAUUCUGAACCGAAUACACAGGACCAAAGAACGUAAAAAGAAAAUAAUAGCUGAGGAAAUGAAUGCAGUAAUAGAACAACGGGAUGCUGCUUUAUCUCAAUGCAAACGGCUGGAGCAGGAGCUUCAUCAUCUGAAAGAGCAGAACCAGACUUCAGCAAACAACACGAGACAUAUGACUGCUGAAAACAAUCAAGAACGUGCUCUGAAGGCAGAAUUGAUAGCUCUGCAACAAGAGAAGGAAGCUGCUCUUCAACAGUGCAAAAAACUGGAAGAUGAAAUCCAAACAUUGCGUGUUUAUUACAGGUUGUACAAGUCCUUGUCUGAAGGAAUGAGUCUGAAGAGCCAGCCUAACUGUGCUUUCAGUACUUCUGAAGGCAGACUGCAAGGAAGGGAGGAUGCUGUGACCCUAACCUAUGGCCAGAUUGAGGAGCUGGCAGCUCAGCUGCAGCAAACCCGAUCAGAGCAAAAGGACACUGAGCUGAAGCUCCAGAAAGCCCUGGAAGCUUCACAAGAGGCCAAUGAAAAAGUUCAAAAGUUGGAAAGGCUGGUGGACGUCCUGAGGAAGAAGGUUGGAGCAGGGACCAUUAGGACCGUGAUCUGAUUGAAAGCUGUAGUCUAAGGAAGCUUUCACAUCUGGUGACCAGGCUGCUUCAUUCAGCACUGUGUAAACACUGAAGCCUUAACUUAGCAAACAGUUGUUAGAAGUGGGACACUCCAGCGACAUUCCAAGCUGAGAUAAAAUCAAAUCAUAAAUGUUUAACUACUUUGCUGCUGAGUUCUGUGAUUUGUUAAAAUGUUUCACUGCAAACAAGUAUUUGUUUUUAAGCAAAUGCAUUGUGGCACUGUAUAUUGUGAAGAAUUAUGUAGAUGCUUAUUUAACAGUCUGUCCUCUCAGUGUUAGUGGGCUGUAGUCUGCUGCAAGGCACAGCAUGGUCAUUUCUUAAAAAUACUGCAGGCUCCAGGUUCAAAAUGCUGCAAAGCAGUUUCAGAAUUUAAAUUCCUUAUUUUAUUUGUGAGACUGCAAAUAGUCCAGUAUUUGUAUGUUAAAUAUAUUAAUUGAUAAAGUAGGUUGGCAUUCAAGAAAUAUCUCCUGCUGGUAUAUUGGAUAUUUUUUCCUCCUUACUCAUAGCCCAUUGAAUUGCAGGUAGUAACUGUUGCUACAUCAAAGGGCAGGAUAAAUGUAUAGCUUUAUACAACAGUUGAAUAGCUUCUGCUAGUACAUGGCAUUUUCAGUGUACAUUAAAAAGAAAUUUACAUUUAGGUUUCACUGGAAGUACAGCUUUAAAAAUUGCAACAUGAAAGCCUUGUGACAUUGUACAGUAUCUCAGACAGUGGAGAAAGUUUCCUGUAUUUUUUUAGUCACUUUACUUUCCUUUUAUAUAAGGGAAAAGCUCUCAGAUUUCAGAAAGCACCUUUUAAAUUAAAAAUUCACCUUUUCAGCGUU